AGAGUGGUGGGUACAGGCACCUCGCUGGCGCUCUCCUCCCUCCUGUCCCUGCUGCUCUUCACUGGGAUGCAGAUGUACAGCCGCCAGCUGGCCUCCACCGAGUGGCUCACCCCCCAGGGCGGCCUGCUUGGUUCCGGCCUUUUCAUCUUCUCUCUCACUGUCUUCAAUAAUCUGGAGAAUCUUGUCUUUGGCAAAGGAUUCCAAGCAAAGAUCUUCCCUGAGAUUCUCCUCUGCCUCCUGUUGGCUCUCUUUGCAUCUGGCCUCAUCCACCGAGUCUGUGUCACCACCUGCUUCAUCUUCUCCAUGGUUGGUCUGUACUACAUCAACAAGAUCUCUCCCACUCUGUACCAGGCAACAGCUCCAGUCCUCACACCAGCCAAGGUUACAGGCGAGGGCAAAAAGAGAAACUGA